CAGCUGCUUCCCUCCCGCAAGCUCACCACAGCCCCCAACUCUCGGCUCACUGUCUCUCUGAAUUUAUCUACUUCCCACGCCUAUAAGGUGCUCCGACUCGCACAUCUACACCCUCACUCACACCACACUACCCUGCUCGCUAGUCACCUUCAAAGCUGCAACAAUGGUCAACAGGAACCGUAGGCAGGUCCAUGCUUACAAUCCCGACGAGAUCGAGCGACUCAAGCGCGUUCCUCUCCCUCCGAAACUCAAAUGCAGCAUGUGUGAGAAGAACUACAACGCUGCCAACUUCGGUGAGAAGCAGAAGACCGACGUUCGCUGGCAGAUCUCGCGGGCAGGCCGCAUCACGACUAACCCGAAGUGCUCCAAAUGCACCGGCGGUCAGCUCGUCGAGAUCGAAUGCACCCAUUGCCACAAGACAAAGGGUCUAGAGGACUUCGCGAAGGUGCAGCGCAGAAAGCCUGACAACGCUCAAUGCUAUGCCUGCACAGACAUCCAGCUCGCACGGCUGCCUGUCAACGAAGAGCGCUAUGACGAUCCUAGCAAGGCGUUUAUCAACACCGAGAGCUCCAGUGGCCGUAUGCCAGAGUACUGGUCGUCCACCAACUCCGCCCGCGACACUGAGUCCAGCAACGGUGAAUGGCCAGACACAGAGUACUCCGGUCGAGGCCGUCGCAGGCAAGACGGAGGUGGCAUCAACCCGUCUGACCAGUUCCAGCACGCGAUGUCCAUCGGCGGCGAAGUAUCUGACACACUCAUCGAUUCGGAAUUCUCGUACACGCCUGUAAACGACACCAAGCCAAGCGCAUGGAGCGAGGUUGCAGGUACCAAGUCAUGGCACACCGGCACUGCCUCCAGCGCUCGGAAAUUCAACCCUGAUAGCUACGGCAGACCAAGCACUCGCUCUAUCUCCAAUUCUGAUUAUUCGUUCAACUCAAGCAUCGCGGAGCGCUCUCAGCCUGGCAGCGACCAGAUCGGGAACAGAAGCGGCUUUUCCAGGGUCAAGGCCUACCGUCCGCCUACACCACCUAUGCUGCAGGAGGAGCACGAGUUCUCGUCGCCCGAGAACUCAGACUCAGGCGAAGAGGAUAACGACAGUGACGACGACACCAUCAUCUAGGAGGGACGGGCGAGCGGGCAACUAGCAGGCAUUCGAGGCAUCCAUGAAGCAUUAGGAGUACCCUGGGAUUAUUCCAGGCAUCUUUAGGUUAUUGGAAAAGCAGGUGCGGGUCACUUUCAUAGUUAGCUUGACUACACGAAUGAAGCUACAUUUCAUUCGAGUACAUUUUUUUUGCGAGUGAGAAAAGGGUUGUCCUCG